CUCACCUUGAAGUUUGGACUUACUGCGAGCACGGUCUGCCUGAGUGCCUUCUCUGCUUUCUUCUCGACUGUCUUGGCGACCUGGUUUGCAGGCGGCGGUUGUGAUUGUUGCGUAUUCUGGCGCGCUGACCGCGUCUGCCUCUUCAGACACGCUUGACACGUCUCAGUGGCCGGGCAGCGUACACACCAUCGUAGCAAGACGGGCAGCUGGGGAGCUGCAAUGGAAUGUGGCGAUGGUGCCAUCGAACCGUCCGAGACGUGGGCGGCUUCGUUAGGGCUGCUGUAGCACGACGGGCCUCUUAUCCAUUCCAUGACUUACGACCAUUCCUUAGCUUCGGUAGAGAACAUCGAUUCUCCCGUUCUGCAGGAGCCGCGUCGAUCUUGGCGCACUCAGUGUCCAGAGGGGCGCGAUCAUCGAGACUUAUCAUCCCAGCGUCACCCAGCGAGCUGGCAGCGACGACGUUGUCUGCUGCAGCGCCCGGGGCAUUCAGCCUACCCCGUGUACAUAUCAAAGUCUCUACCCAAGAUAUACAGGCGGCGCGUACAAGUCCUCACGCGGACGACCGUGUCCACAGCCUCCAUCAGCACGCCGACUCCACUCCUGCACCUCUGGCACCCGGACGCACGCGCACGCACGAAGCUUCAUUACACCCUUCUCCUCUUGACAAUCUACGAGUGCUCCUCGCUACGAAUAUCACUGGCUCAGCUGCGGGUCGCCUCUCCGUCACUCGUGUCCGCUCCUUGUAUCACUCCGUCCGCGCUCAAAAGCUUCUCGGCUCUCUACGUCCGGAAGAGUACAGCGCCCUUAUCAGGCUGUUCGGAUCGCUCUCGCUGUCCGCUCUCCAUCGACCAUACCGUUCUGCGUACGGACACUAUCUGACAGGGUGCAUGACAGACACUUCUUAUCGUUCGCACUGGGUCGUGGUGGAUCGCAUUGCGAGGGACAAGCUCGGGCAUGAGCAUCCGCUGAAUACAUCUGAUCAUUAUUGGCUAAUGCGUAUGGACAUCGAAGCUCUCAAGACACCUGAAGUUGAAGCCAACAGUGCCUUGCUAAGUGCAGAACUAACGCAAGUGUUGAAGAGAGUCGAGACCCACUAUGCGCGCCUUCGCCAGUACCCGUCGGUCGAUAUCCACGUCCCGUAUCUGGAAGCCAUGUUCUCAAGCCGAGUCACAUUAGACGUCCAAGUUGCGACCAAAAGGCUGUGGGAGCUCCUCGUGUGGUAUCAUGGCUGUCCACCCAGACUGCUGGCCCUCGUCUGGCAAGCUGUCCUCGGGCCGCCCGCCGUAGUGCAGGAGGACCUCAAACUGGCUGUCUUAGACGCCAUAUGGCGUCGAUUGCUGCGUUCGCCGAGCGAACAAGCUGUUGGGUCUGCGACACAGCCUAACCGAUUCAGAGCGAUGUCCGAGUCCGGUGAUAGAUCAGGGCACCUCCGUGAGCCGAUGAACAGCGUCGACUUGGUUCCUUUCUUACGAGAUGCACUCUUCGUUCGACACACUCCGCGAGCAAGCGCUGCAUCGAAGCAUGAGAUGUCAUCUUGGGCACUUUCCGUCGCCCGGAAGGUCUUCGCUCCCGACCACCUGGACGAGAACUCUGUCGGACACCGCUGGAACUGCUUCCUUCUCCUUGCCGUCGCCAGUAGUCCUGGACGCACCGGCGGGGGUAGCAUAAUGAACGGCUAUGCCAGGUGGGGGGCCGUGGUCGAUUGGCAAACGAUAUGCGCGCUGGCUUCCUUACAGAAUGCUAUCCGGUCCAAGGACCACUCCCUUGGUGUACCGUUCUCCGACGCGGUUGUGCAGGGCCUGAACAGAGUGCUAGUUGCGUUGUGGGAGCACUGGUCAUCCCUCCCUGGCUUGGAUCACACUGUGCGACCCCGCGUGGCUACCCGUGCCAUAUGCGUGUCGUUCAUGCAUCUCGCUGGCCGCCUCAAGAAUCGCGAUGUUGUCGAAGCUUGUCGCCAACUCUGCAUGACCGCACGCCUGUGGGAGGAAGGGGAGCGUGGGCUGUCCAAGUCCACCAGCUUGCGUGCUUUGGUCCACGAGCAGUUGGUUGCCCUCUUGCUGUCCGGGUCGGGUACCGAAAUGGCGAUCUCGGCGACUUUGGAGUCCGUCCAGGAUGAAGGCUUGCUCACGGAUGUCUUCAACCACGUCAUCACCAUCUUCGCCCGGGAGGAUGUCAUGCUCGCCCUCGAGCUUCGGGACAUCUUACUCCGUGUAGGCGUUCGACUGUCCGACGACAGCGUGCUCGAACUGGCUCUCCGUCUAGCGAAGCAGGGCGACGUACCACGAGCCAAGGAGUACCUGUUUGAUAUGUCCCUCUCCGUCGACCAACGUCUCAAGAUUCUCAAUGGGAUACUGACCCAGCUGGUCCGGCGGGGGCAUCGGUUCCGCUCUGCCCACCUAACCUCGGACCUGGUCGGUGCCAUGCUCAGCCACCUUUCCUCCUCCUGUCCUCCUGCGGCCAUGUGCUCUGUCCUCGAGUCGACCUUGCUGUAUAUGUUGCGCUUUCAGUACUCCAAAGCGGCCGUGACCAUUGUGGAGGCUGUCGCACAGGUGGACACGGCAUACUUCUCGCCGACGUUCUUCGGGUUGUUCAUUCGGAAAUUACUGCGGCACAGGCAGUUCCGGUAUGCGAAGCGCAUGCACGAGCUUGGUCACAGGCUGGGCGUUCGCGAUACGCCGUCCUCGGAAUGGCUCACUACUCAGCUGUCCAAGCAUGGCGCAUCGAGUCUCGCGAAGAAGGUUGCGAAGUCCUCGCUUGCGACGUCGGGCGUGUCCGCAGUGUCUCGCCUCGUCAGAUUUCGGGAAGCGCGUCCGUCCCGGGUGCUUGUGAUCAAGGUUCCUAGCUUUGUACGGCAGCGGCAAGUGCGGGAUGGCCCUGCUGUUCACCGUGCCCUGGAGUUACUCGUACGUGCUGGGCGGAUGCGCGCUGUCAAGCAGCUGUAUAGCCAGCUGUGCGAGGACCAGAGUCCAAGCUCGAGAACAGCUAUCGGGAAUAGCAUCCUUCACAAGAGCAUGCAGCACCCUUCGCGAUCGCAGGCUCACCGCGGGGUGAGGGCUGUAAAGACGCUGAACGAGCUGGUGGAGCACCAUGGUUUCGUACCAGACCGGGUCACGAUCAACGUCCUCGUCAAGGCGUACAUGCAGUGGACGGCUGGAUUUACCAACGAGGAUCUACGGGCGCUGUUCGACCAUUUCGUCCGGAUCGGGUAUCCUACUGGGUGUGCAAUAUACGGAGUGCCAUUUAGGACCGCGGAGGGCCCGGCUCCGGUCCACCUGCCGGAAGUCAACUCGCCCCUUUCGUAUGGUAAACACGUCAGGCCGCUGUACAAGAUGUUCAUCAAGGCGUUCUACCGGAGAGGCGAUGCGAGUGCUGCGAAGGUCGUGGUGAAGAUCUCGAAGGCGGCGGAGGCAGAAGCGGAGGACUCGCUGGAUGCUUGGAGGAGGAGCCGGGUGCGGGAAGAUCAGAAGUUGGAGAGCAAGUUGACGGCGGCCAAGCGUAUAUCUAGGUAGAUGGUGAUUGGGCAAUCCACGAGUGUGUUUGGGGCCGAUCCUAGCAGCUACGUUGCUGUGGUGGAGUGGUGUUGAGGACCUCAGCUUGUAUUCUUGAGAGCUCGUCAGUGUGAACUGACGGGCCAUACUGGGCUGUCGGUCGGUUCGUGACAGGGCGGACAUGCAUAUGAGCUUGAGCCUAGCAUCUGUAAACAACUCAUUUCCCCGUUCUCAGAAGCUUUGAGGUCGUUCACACAAGAAUCGCGAUGUCGUAGAG